AUGGUGGCCGAGACCAAGCUCUACGACGCCUUGGGUAUCAAACCUGAGGCCACACAAGAUGAGAUCAAGAAGGCAUAUCGCAAGGCAGCGCUGAAGCACCACCCGGACAAAAAUAAGGACAAUCCUCAAUCUGCCGAAAAGUUUAAAGACGUCUCACAAGCCUACGAAGUACUUUCUGACCCCGAAAAGCGCAAAGUAUACGACCGAUAUGGACUCGAAUACCUGUUGCGUGGUGGCCCUGCACCACCCCCUCCGGGCAGUGGCGGCGGCGGCGGCGGAGCUGGCUUCGAUGGAGGUAUGCCCGGAGGUUUCAACUUUGGCGGCAUGCCUAGCGGUGGAAGCCGGGGCAGAAGCUUCCACUUUUCGACGGGCCCCAGCUCUGGUGGAUUCAACUUCAGUAACGCGGAAGACAUUUUCUCCCAAUUCGCCAAAGGCGGCGGCGGCGCGGAAGAUGACGAUAUAUUCAACAUACUUAAUGGCGGUGGCGGCAUGCCCAAGAACUUCUCUGGCAACCGUUUUAGCACCGGACAAUCACAGCCCAAGCGCGCACCUACACCCGAACCUACCAUUGUGGAGAAGGACUUGCCGUUGACUUUGGAGGAGAUCUUCAAUGGCACAUCCAAGAAAGUCAAGACGAAGAGCAAGGCGUUUGACUCUAUGGGCAAGCGCACCACAAAAGAAUUGACCUUGGAAGCCAAUAUCAAGCCCGGCCUCCGUGCUGGAUCGAAACUUAAAUAUCGGAAUGUUGGCGACCAGGAAGAAGGCGGACGACAAGACGUGCAUUUGAUUGUGAAAGAGCUUCCACAUCCCACUCUAAAGCGAUCCGGAGACAACCUUGUGACAAACGUCGAACUCAGCUUGAAGGAAGCACUGACAGGAUGGGAGCGAAUCGUAAAGACCAUCGAUGGAAAAUCAGUUCGUGUCUCUAAGCCUGGCCCGACUCAGCCUGGCCAUGAGGAGCACUAUCCUGGCCUAGGCAUGGUGCUCUCAAAGAAUCCCAAAGAGCGCGGCGAUCUUGUCAUCCAUGUCAACGUCAAGUUCCCCACCAGCCUGACUUCAACCCAAAAAGAGGUUUUGAGGGAUGUCUUGCCUUGA